AUGGCUUCUCUCUCUCACCCCACUCUUCUUCCACUCUCCUCUCUCACCGCAUCUUCUUCCUCGUCCUCCUCCUCCUUCCACUGUUCCUGUUCUUCCCCAUCUUCUCAGUCUCUUUGUUCCAAAUUCCGAUUAUCCUCACUGCCUCGAUUCCUCUCUAAGGGUAGACCCAAGAAGCAACCAACGCGACCUGAUGGGCUUUUGAUGCUCAUCAAUCCCAUUUUGCUGUUUAACGGUGUCAGUAGUUCCACUUUCAAUUUCGAUACCCAGACCCUUCUCGCCACUGUUAGUGUUCUCGCUGCAAUUGCUCUCUCCUUGUUUCUUGGUUUUAAGGGGGAUCCUGUGCCUUGUGAGCGUUGUGGCGGCAACGGCGGAACAAAAUGCAUUUUUUGCAACAAUGGUAAGAUGGAGCAAGGUAAUGGGUUAAUUGACUGCAGAGUAUGCAAGGGUGCAGGAUUGAUACUUUGCAAGAAAUGUGGAGGUUCAGGAUACUCCAGAAGGCUAUGAGCUGUGAGUUCUCUGUUCUUAUUGAGGCCAAUCUGUUCUGAAAUUUAUAAGAUCUCAUAACCAUCUGUUCCUGAUAUCUUUGUCUAUGGACCAUUGCACUGUCCUCCUUCAUUUGUCCUCUCUAUUGUAUAAAAUUGAAGCCUCAAAAGCAAGUCAAAUUUUGAUCUUUUUAUUUGUUCCCAUGAUAAUAUAUUUGGAUCCUCUGUCUUUCCCC